AUGAAUUUCGUCAGAGGAACUACAAUUGAUCACAAUCACAACGAGGAUAGGUUUGGACUUGUGGAUAGUUCAGAGUUGACGGAAGGGAGGAGGUGCCUCGGAAAUGCCGUCGCGGAGGCAGCCUUUGACCUGCGUGCCUACAAGUAUGCUGCAGCAUCGGCCAGAAAAAGCUUGACUUUGGUCAGAGAGGAGAAGUUGGAUAUCGAGUGGCGCAGAGCGGGGAAGCAGGGAGAAACAUCUGGGGAAGUGGCACUAAAACCCCGCACCUCAAUUUCUCCGGCAAACUUGAACCGUUCGCAGCCCAGCAAACUGCAGAAUACCUUGUACCGUACUCGGGUCAUCGGGAUAAUGCGCACGCGCGCCAAUGAAACACGCAUAAACGCCUUUCCCGACACCGAGCCGUCCCCUGUUUCUCCAUUCUCUCUCCCCAACUCCCCACCCCCCGGCAUCUAUGGACCAUGGGGAAUCUCUCCUCUUCCCCCAAGUUUUUCCCAAGGUCCCAACGUCGUCAUCGCGUCCGGUCCGGCAACCAUACCCCGGACUUUGUGUCUUUUCUUCCUCAUUGCUGUUGGAACGUCAAUCCAACCCACCAAUCCCAGAAGGAACUUUUGGCCCAUUGUCCUAGCCGGCCCUGUUCCUGAAAGCUACCCAAGCACCAAAGGUAGCCAACCACGCGCCAAUUGUACCCCGCUCGUCCCAUUGGAGAGGGUAUCAUCGCCGCCAUUCUCGACCUCGCCGUCGGCCCAGCCUCGCCCUGCCCUGCUGCUUCUAGCUACCUUACACGGAUACGCCUACCUUGGGACUUGCUCCGCACGCUCAUACCCCGGCUUCCUGCAUCUCGGCUCGCCCAACACAAGCGAAAGGAUCCCACCACCACAUGUUCGUCUAGACGCUCCAGUAACAUCAUGCCGUCGCAUCCAAUCCGUUGAUCGGCCCUUGCUACUGCUUCUUUCUGCCCUCGUCCUUCUCUUCUUCCCACGCGUCCGGGAUACGGUGUACCUCUCCCCGACCCGUCAUCCCCCUCACCCCAGAGUAGAGUGGAGCUGGUUCUCUGCACUCUGCGGCCCUGCUCUGCCAUCCUCGAGCUGCAUAACGCUCUGCUGUCCGUCCUCCCGUCAUCAUCCUCUGUUCUGGUCCGCCGUCCUCUGUGCUUCAAUCCUCUGUUACCUUGCCUGGCACACCUACACGAUGCGCUCAACAUUCCUCCCUGUCGCCGUCGGAGCUCUGCUCGCCCCGGCCACCUCCCUCGCCCAGUUCGUCGGCGGAUCCGGUGGUAACACCACGGCUCCCUCCUCGCUGGGUCCUGACAAGGACGGCAAGUACUGGAUCUCCAGCGAACACAUCAAGGCCGCCUUCAUUCCCUACGGUGCCUCCGUCUCCGACUUCAUCAUCAACGACAAGUACGGCAUCCCCCGCGACAUUGUCGCUGGCUGGGACAACGCCACCUACUACGAGACGGAUCGCCAGCACCCCCAUUUCGGCGGUGUCCCUGGUCGCUACGCGAACCGUAUCAAGAACGGCACCUUUGAGAUCGACGGUGAGAAAUACCAGAUCGACCUCAACGACAACAAUGGACUCGACACCCUCCACGGAGGCUCUGACGGAUGGGACUGGCGCAACUUCACCAUUGUCUCCCACACCAACAACAGCAUCACCUUCUCCUUCACCGACCCUGACGGAAAGGAGGGUUUCCCUGGCGAAGUGGUGUCGCUCAUCACCUACACCCUCAACGGCUGGAACUGGGACUUCAAGAUGAUCGCCGUCCCCACCACCAAGAAGACGCCCAUUAUGCUCAGCUCUCACACCUACUGGAACCUCGAUGGCUUCUCCAACAACGAGACCAGCUUGGCUCUCAACCACACCCUUCACAUGCCCUACAAUGGCCAGAGAGUGGGCGUUGACAACAUUCUCAUCCCCACCGGUGAGAUUCUUGCCAACGAGAAGGGCUCCGUCAACGACUUCUGGAGCGCGCCCAAGCAGAUUGGUGCCGACUUCUCCAAGCCCGAGCUCAAGAACAACUGCGGUUUCAACUGCACCGGUUAUGACAACUGCUGGAUCGUCAACCGCAACGACCUGGGCCCCUACAACUGGCGCACCGAGGGCUACGUCGCCCGCAUGCAGUCCGAGUGGUCCGGUAUCCAGCUAGAGGUCUACGCCGACCAGGACGCCUUCCAGAUGUACAGCUGCAGUCAGCAGAACGGCUCCGUGGCCCUCAAGAAGAGCCAGGGUCUCUUUGACGACGCCAAGUUCCCCCGCAUCAUCCCCAAGUACGGCUGCGUCGUGCUCGAGGUCCAGGACUGGAUCGACGGCAUCAACAACCCCGCCUGGGGCCGCACCAAGAAGCAGAUCUACGAGCCCGGCGGUGACCCGUACGUCCUCCAGGCCAGCUACCGCUUCAGUAUCAACUCCACUUCCAGUUCGUAG